GUUCAGUCGUAAGGGUUUUUCAAAAGCAAAUUUCAGUUGGUAUAAAACGCACGAGUCGCGAGCAGGCAGAACCAGAACGCGAUUGAAAUCCGUUAGAGCUACAGAAAGAAAAAAAAAACACACAUAGGAAGUGAAAAAAAAAUAUCAUAACUUUAGUCGUUGCUCAUAUCACGCCCAUAGCACGCAGGCUCACAUUAACUGUUACAUUCCACACAACAUGGCUGCCCCCGACAUCAGUGAAGAAGCGUUCAAUCUGCGUCUCGGCUAUUUGAAGCCAGAAACCAUUGAAAUUGCCCGCGUAGAACUUCGCGAAACGGAGGAAGUGAAAGCGGAAGCCAUUAAGAAACUGCGUGAGCUUUUGAAGGCAACGCCAGAGAUCAACUACAAGGACGACGAUGCAUUCCUCACCAUCUUCCUGCGCGCCACGCACUUUUAUCCUGAGAGUGCAUUGGAAAAGAUGAAAAGUACCGCCAACUUCCGCAAGGAGUAUGCCUCCUUGGUUCAUGGUCUUCAGGUGGAACAGGUGAAGGAGCGCUUUAUCAAGGGCAGCGUCAUCAAUGUCCUGAAGAAUUGCGAUCAGAAGGGACGACGUGUCCUUAUUGUCAAUGCUGGUAAAUUGUGGGAUCCCUCAGCUGUGCCCAGUGAUGAGAUGUUCCGCAUGCUUUACAUGGUUCACAUUGCCGCCCAGUUGGAGGAGGAGACACAGAUUCGUGGCGUUGUCUGCAUCAUGGACUUUGAUGGUCUGGCCAUGAAGCAGGUGAAGGCACUCUCUCCGAGCUUCUCCAAGCGUCUGCUCACGUUCAUCCAGGAGGCGAUGCCACUGCGCAUGAAGGAGGUGCACUUUGUGAAGCAACCCUUCAUCUUCAACAUGGUCUGGUCGCUCUUCAAGCCAUUCGUCAAGGAGAAGCUGAACAAGCGCAUGCACUUCCAUGGCAGUGAUAUGAAAUCCCUGCACAAAUUCCUCGAUCCCUCGGUUCUUCCGGCCAACUACAAGGGCACAAUGCCCGCCAUCGAUUACGGCGGUAUGGAGUGGUUCCCCUCACUGGAAGCACAGUCCGAAUAUGUCAACACCUGGAGCGAACUGGGACCAGCCAAGUGGUAAAGAUUUUGGACUCAAAAAUCAACGGGCAGCCAGCCCAAUAAUUACAUUAAUUAAUGUACGCUUACAUUUGUCUAAUUAUAAAUACAUCAUUGAUUAGUUUUUAGCUCUUGACAAUAAACUAGUUACAUAUAAUUCAAUUUCUAAACUA